AUGACCUAUAAUUAUUGCUUUCCUGCUUUUGCUGUGGAGUCAAAAAUUACGGCAACACAUCGUAUUUUUGCUGUUGGUCCGGAAAAUAACCUUUGCUGCUAUGAUUGGCAAAAAACGUGUAAACCAGAAAAUAAGGCGAAAGCGGAGGACAUCCCCGAAGUAAAAUCUAUGCAACAACAACAACAAGGCGAGGAAGACGACGAUACCGGAGCCUGCUGUGGUUGCCGAAAGGCCGAUUUUCGCACUCGUCACGAGCGUUGUUUAGACGAAGCGCAAUCUUACCAACGUAAAUUUCCACAUGCUCCACCCCUGGCUUCCACCUCUUUAAGAUCGUUUCGAACUGCUGAAUCGUUCCGCUUAGUGGACGCCCGGACCGAACCCGAGCAAGCUGUGUCCAUGAUACAAGGCGCCGUGUCGCUGCAACAAUUUCGCAAAGAAAUGGAAUCCAGAUCUUGUAUACAUCAAGUUCUGGCUAGUAGUGAAACGGAAGAACUGCUUGAAGGAACCAAAGAUCCAUCGAAACCUGCAAUCAUUGUGUACUGUACGAUAGGAUAUCGGUCAGGCUUGGAAGCGACCCACUUAAGACGGCAAUACCCUGACUUGGAGGUUUACAGUCUAGACGGGAUCGUUGCUUACACGCAUGCCCUCGAAGGUUGCGGUUUGCCGUCGUCCGUGCCGCCAGACGUGCAAGAAUUGCCACCUUUGAUUGAUCCUAAAACUUCUCGCGUCACCCGAGUGAUUCACACAUUUGGGGGUGCUUGGGAUUUGGCACCGUCCAGUUACAAUACAGUUCAGUUUCGACCGUUGGCGCUCGUGUCCCGUCUCGCCCAGGUUGGCGGUACAGUGGUUGUGCGAACGAUACAGGGCGUCCUCAGCCGACCAACCACGACGCCUGCCACAAAUAUAGAUUGGCAUUCAAAAAGCGAAUAA